GAAGCAUUUUUCAGUCAGCUUGCCACUUCUCAAAGUCAUCGCCUUGAUGAUCAGCGUGUGUCUCUCCCAUCAUUACCAGGGAUUCAGAAUGGAGGCAAAAAAAAUAAUGCCGCUGAAAGUGAUGCAAAUUACCUCUGCUACAUGGUGUCUAAAGUACAAGGCUCCAGGAUGGAUGAGCAGAGAUGUUCUGCACCUUUUAUUUUUCAGAAUAUGAGUCCUUCUUUUCAGUGCAAAGACUCUGAUAAAGCUCUUCACAGAUCUUCUUCUCUAAAUCGGAGAAAGAACAGCAAAAAGGAAAUAUCUGUAGCUCAACAAGAGCAAUUUUUUAAAAUUAUGAAGCAUGCCCAGAAGGGACGUAUGGAGGAGCAGCGUUGUUCUCUACCCUCUAGCACCCCUGUCACACCCACACACAAUGGCAGUGCUUUAAAUAACAUGGGCAGAGGUGCAGAGACUGAUGUAUUCUCUAGAAGUCCUGAAAGGCAGCUGAAUAAUCAACGUGCAGAUCCCCCUGUCCUACCCAGGACAAGUGGGACAUCAACUGAAAAACGAAAGGCUGUUUACACAGAAGAUGCAUUACCUAAAAAAGCACCACAGAUAACUGUAACACAAAGUACACCAACCACAUCAAAGAAGGAAUUCUCAAGACCUUUAUCCAUGCAGCAGGAGUAUGUUGAACCCACUUCAUUGAGAUCCCUUCCAAAAUCUGCCUCAUACAGUCAAGAGACAUCACCAGUGCAGCUAACAGUUAGAGUGUCCAUGAGCUUUUCAUCCUUACAGGGACUGAUGAACCCUGACCAACCCAGAAGCUUCCCAGAGCUCUUCUUGACUCUUGGAGCACCUGGAGAUAACCUAGUGAUUCCUCUGAGCCCAGUCCCUGGAAGACGCCUUUCCCUCAGUCUCAACCUUAUCCCAAAAGAAGAGGCGGAUAUGAAACAAACUCCUCCAAACCAUCCAAGUCCCUGGAAAUCUCACUCUGGACCACCAUCUCCUACAGUCAGGAUGCCCACUCACUCACCAUCAAGCCCCCAAGGCAAAUCCAUGCUUGUGGCUAUUACUCAGGCUGUGAAAGGUCAGAGAGCUCCUGUUAGAAAGGGCAACAAAGUAAAAGUAAAGAAUAAGCCCACUCAAGAUAAGGGGAAAAAGGUUAUGAAGAAAGAUAAGAGUGGAAAUAAACACAAAACAGGUUGAGCCAAUUAUUAUGAUUAAAUAUAAUAUAUAUUCUUCUUCUUCUUCUAAUUAUUAUUAUUAUUAUUAUUAUUAUUAUUAUUUUUAUUAUUAUUACAGAGAUGAAAUUUUAAGCCUUUUUAUUUUAGCCACAAAGGUUGGAACAAUAAGGAUGAAUGUUUAUAAAUAAUGUCAAUCUGUAGAAUAAUUUAACCAUCAUUGUUAUAUUUUGGUUUAAACAUGCAAGACUGUAGCCAUAUUUUCUCCUAACGUUUGCUUGG